UUCAGCAGUUAUUUUUCAAAGAAUUUUUUUACUGUUAUGAUGAUUCGACUGUGUGAAAAGAAUUGCUCUUCAAUUUUAUGAGUGUAGAAAGAUUUCCAUCGACUACCCAUCUGGAAAAAAGUCAGCUCUUGUUGUCAACGACACUCUUCAGAAGGUCUCCAAGGGAAUAAUGAGGAACAACAUACCAGCAAUAAUUGAUGCUCUGGCUAAUUCCUACCCAGACGAACUUGUGGAUGGGGCAACAAAAUUGCUAGCAGCAGAAGCAAAGCAGUACUGUCAGAGACACAGUGGUUCUAUUUUAGAGAGAAAAUCUUUUGAGGAACUCCUGAGCUUUUCCUGGGAUUCUUUAUACAAGGACCUUGAGAGUAAAGCACCGAAUCUGCUGAAGUGUAUAUCAACACUAGUGUCUGACAAGCCAAUUAUUGCAGGAGAAAAGCAGUACAUACAAUUGCUACAUUCCAUUGCCACUGUGCUUCAUGCAAGAAAUCAAGAAAGUUCCGCACUGCAGUACCUUUGUGGAUUUCUUUUGAAACAUGGAGGGUGUACUCAAAGGGACAUUGAACGUCUGUGCAAGUUAGGAGUGACUGUGUCCCCAUUGUCAAUUCAGAAUAAGUUGGCCUCCUCACAUCAUAUUCUUGAUUGCAAAAUCAUGCAGUUGAAAGAAGACUGGGUGAAUCAAUGCACACAAGCAGCAAGGUAUCAGCUAGUUGGUGACAACUGGGACAAGGAUAUAUUGCCGUCCUAUAGAACAAGUGAACAGAGUACCCAGUCCCUCCAUCUAUUUAAUGUGCUGGCUGUUGUGGAUAGAGUACCAGUGGUUGAAGAGGAGAUGCAUCCUGUAAAUGAAGACAUCCCCAUCUCUUCCUUUCUCCCUUCCUUGGAGGAACAAAAGAUUUUAGAGAAGGAACUUGUUUUCCUGGUGGCGUCAAUACUAAUUGAACAUAUACCUUCCCUGGAAUCUGAGUUGAAGGAUAUAUAUCCUGACCAUCUUCAGCAUCAAUUUAGUAAUUAUGCCGGGUUAAAAACCAAACAGUAUCCACUUGGGUUGUAUGACUGUGAUGAAAAGAAAACUGCGGAUGUUAUACAACUUCUACAGACACUUCAAAAGAAGUAUGUUCCCAUGAAAGAAGAUGGUACCUUUGUAGAACCCAUAUUUUUUGGUGGAGAUAGACUCACUGAUGAAAGAAUUCAGGGGGCACAAGCAGCAAUGAAGAAUGGAAAUACUGAGGCAUCAAGACUUGAAGGAUUUAUAUCAAAGAUUGAGGAUUUUCAUCGUUUAAUGAAUUUUAUGGAGGCCAUUUACAAACUGACGUACAGCACCGAUUCAUCUAUGGAUCAAGGCACCAUGUCCUAUUACCGGAAUCUCCUGAAUUCACGAGAUGUUAAAGGAAAAGUGAAAAAUGCCUACAGGCCUCACAAAAUGCUGUAUUAUACAGUGUUGGAUGCCAUAUGCUGUGCAAUGUUUCUACAUUUGGAAGGUUUAAAUUCGAUACAAGAUUUCACAUUACCAGCAGACUUCAGAAAUUAUUCAACUGAUGAGAAGAUUGGUUGGUUAAAUAGCAAAGCCCAAACUAUUGUGCAGACGUUCUUCUUUGAAGAUGCGGAGGAUAUGAUGAAAGAUGUCCGUGAUAUUGUUACAGAUCCAAAUCAUCCCGAUAACUAUUGGGUUUCAAACAAAGUUGAAGAUCGCUUGCAGUGUCACCACUGCGAUAAAACAUAUGCAUGCGUGGGAAGUUUACAAAUUCACGAAGCCAAUCAGCACCAAGUAUCACUUCCAAAGAAGAAAAUAGUAAAGCAUAAAGCUGAUGACGAGCUGAAUGAGUAUUUGCUAGCUUUAUUCAAACUAACAUUACUUCAUAAAAAUUUGGACUCUGCAGUGAACAUGGGGGAUGGUCACCGGAGUGUAAGAUCGGCCCUGUACGAGUUGCCGUUGUACAACAAGACCGGCAAAAUCAAAUAUUUGAUAGGGAGCAUCCAUCUAACUGCACUGACAAAAGAGGUGUUGGAUAGUGAGCAAAGACAGCGCCUGAUUUCCAAUAGAUUCAUAAAUAUUCAAGGUGGGAAGAAUCAUAACCUUGCCCUUGAUGAGUACGUGGAAAUUUUGAACAGAGACAGCAAGGUUGUAUGUUCUGGCUACCAGACAAAGGCUAGCAUAAUGAUGCAUUCUAAGGAAUUUCCUCUGCUCGUGGAAUCUGCCAAGCAUUUUGACAAAAUCUCAGAGGCAAGAAAUCGAAAGGGAUUCCAUUAUUUACCAUCUUACAAAGCAGACGUACAGAAGGUCACAACUGAUUUGAUAGCUAUAGCUGCUCUUACCACACAGAACGGACGGAAACUCCAUUGCAGAAAACUGAACACUGAUAGAGAUAUCUACAGGGAUAGUCACCUAGGAAUGGCAUCACUUCUGCAUCGACACAGACCAUAUGUACCAUUCAAACGCUUGAGAGACAGGAGACUUUGAAUGAUAUUUUGUCUUGUUUGGAUCAUCUUAGCUCAGAGCUUAUCUGAUUUUCUGAUCACAUUUUGUCUGAUGUCUGUCUGUCCAUUAAUCUGCGAAAUAUUAUAUAUAUAGAUUUGACCAAAAAAAUAAUUUGACCAUGACUUGAGAACCCUUUGACAUCAAGACUUCAAACUUGGAACAGGGGGAGGUGGCAUAGGUGAAUCCCAAAUUUGUUUACCAUGAUCUAUUAAUAAAGGCAAGGUCAAUAUUUUUCAUAAAAAUAUAGUCUAGGUAAUAACUUUAUAACAAGGAAGAGCAAAUUAAGACUAAAUGCACUACAUGAAAAUGUUUGACAUUGACCCCUUUUACCAUUCAAGGUCAAAUUAAGAAUUGCACGAACAGAUCUUAAGUUAUGACUAUUUUGGCAUGAAGACUUGAAAUUUGAUCUAAGACGCAUUUCAUAAUUAUUUUUUACCCUGAUAAUUAAAUUGCAUUUAUUAAUGUAUCACUACCAUAUGACUUUAAGACAAAAGUUCAGUUAAAGACAGACGUACGGAUAAACAGGAAGUUGACAUUGGAUUUGAACAGAAAUGAAUCCCACCAUAUGGCGUUCCUCAGCAAAGAAUGUGCUAAAAUUUCAAGCAUCUGCAAUCAGAAGUUGCUGAGAAAACUGCUACAAAAAUUUAUUAUGUACAAAACAGACAAUUACACAGAUAAACAGGAAGUUGACAUUGGAUUUGAACAGAAAUGAAUCCUACCAUAUGGCAUGCAUUAGCAAAGAAUGUGCAAAAAUUUCAAGCAUCUGCAAUCGGUAGUUGCUGAGAAAACUUCGACAAAAAUUUAUUAUGUACGUCAGAACGGACAGUUAUACAGAUAAACAGGAAGUUGACAUUGGAUGUGAACAGAAAUGAAUCCCACCAUAUGGCAUGCCUCAGCAAAGAAUGUGCUAAAAUUUCAAGCAUCUGCAAUCGGUAGUUGCUGAGAAAACUGCGACAAAAAUUUGUUAUGUACAGAACAGACAGUUACACAGAUAAACAGGAAGUUGACAUUGGAUGUGAACAGAAAUGAAUCCCACCAUAUGGCAUACCUCAACAAAAAAUUCCAAGCAUCUGCAAUCAGUAGUUGCAGAGAAAACUGUGACAAAUUGUAUCAUUGUUAUACAUGUAUAUUAUUGACAGGUACACGGAUAAAUAGGAAGUUAAUAUGGGAUAAUAAAUUGAUCAGAAAUGAUUCCCACAAUAUAAAAUGUAUGGAAAAAUUUGUGAAGGACAUAUGCACAAACAGGUUAAAAACAAUAUAUUGUCCCCCCUUUGUGUGAAGUUUGUUUGUUUGCUUCCUUGUUUUCACCAAAUUUGUUCACAAGUGACUCCUGCAUGUACCUGCUACAUCUGUUAAAUUGUGGCAAAAAGCCACCUAGUUUGAUUGAGUGAGUUUCUAAAUGUUUUGAUGUUAUUCAUGUCAGAGCUAAAAAUAUA